GAAUUCCCCAUGAGGCUGACAUUCAUCCUGCCUAAUCGAGCGAUUCCUUUGUCCUCACUCCCAUUUGUGCCGCGCGGGUUGCCUAAUUGCGCAUUUGCCGCUACCGGGCGCUCUGCCCCCCUCCGCGUGUCUGCCGUCGAGGCCGCAACAAUGAAAGGGCCCCUUCAACUGAUGGAUCGCAUCGCACCCAGCCGCGCUGCGUGGUAAAGGGCAUGCGCACGACGCGCCGGACUUAUAAGCCUCUCCGGCCCUCCCUAGCCUCCCACUACUUCCCAGACUACCUGUUCCCGCCCGCAUGUCCUGCGCGCAGCGCGCACCGCCUCCACGCCGCACAUGACGUCCGAGUCCCCGCCUCCCUCGCCGCGCAGCGCGUCCCCACACUCGCCCCCGCCGUCGCCCUCCGCGGCGCCCCCCGCCCAGGCGCUCUCGCCCGCGCAGGCGAUCGCGGCGGCGUGGAAGAACGAGUCGCGCGAGGAGCAGACGCGCUGGCGCCGCGCGGACGCCGAGGCCGCGCGCCAGUACAACGACCGCCGGCGCGGCGGCGGGGUGAAGCCCAAGAUGUGAUACCCCAUGUAGCACCAUCAUAAAACAGACAAGAUACCCAUGCCCCCUGCAGGGGCGCCCGCGCGCGGGCAGCCGC